AUGGAGACGGACGCGCGCGUGGAGGUGCUGUUUCGAGGGAAAACCGCGCGCGUGGCCGUGGGCGAUGGGUUCGCGGCGGCGACGCGAGAGGCGUUCGCGAAUGAACUCGGGACGACGCGCGCGGACCGCAUGACGUUUCUCGCGUCGGGCGGCGUGAAAAUAAGAGGCGACGCGAGCGAUGAGGCGUUUAGGAGACUGAUUGGGAAGCGGAAAGUGAUGCUCGUGGUCGGUGAUGCGGGGUCGGGGUCGAGGCGGGAGGCGGGCGGGAGGUCGAGGGGCGCGGAGGCGCUUCGCGAGGCGCGCGAGGCGCGCGAAACCGCGCGGAAACGACGCGAGAUAGAGUCAAGGGGUGAACGACCGGUGACGACGAGCGAUCGAUCGAAGGCGUGGGCGCAGACGGGGAUCGUGGGCAUGCGUGAGAUCGGUGCGACGGCGAUAGAUGAGCGCGUGUUCGCGCUCGGAUCGAAAGUUCGAGUGCUCGAUUACGGCGGCAACGCGUUGACGUCCGUCGGCGCGGCCGAGAAAGUGGCGCUCUUGACCGAGGUCUCGCGAAUUGUUCUUCGUGAUAAUGCUUUGGGGUCGUCGGGAUCGAUGCCCUGGAACGCGCUCGCGCGCGCGUCUCAGAGUUUGACGUUUCUCGAUUUGAGCGGGAACCCAAAUCUCGGCGCGUCCAUGACGGGGUUCGACUCGACGAUCGUCUUCUCGUCGCUUCGCACGCUCAAUCUCUCUCGGUGCGGAUUGACGAAUGCGUGUUUAGUGUCGUUUUCUUUCCCGACGCUUCGCAACGCGUGCGUCGCCGAGAACGCCCUCGCGGAGGCGCUUCCAGAAUUCGCCGACUCGGAGCACCUCGAGGUGCUCGACGCGAGUCAAAACGCGAUCACGUCGAUUCCUCCGAGUUUCGGCGCGAUGCACCGAAAGUUGCAUUCGUUAAAUCUCGCUCGAAACGCCGUUGAAGCCCACGGCGUUCCCGCGUCGUUCCUCGCGAACGCCGAAGCGCUCGUGGAGUUUUCGCUACACGACAACCCGUUGUCCACCGCGGCGUUUCGAGAGAUUGAGGGCUACGAGUCGUUCGACGCUCGGAGAAAGACGCGCGCCUCCAAGGCACUGGAUGCUAAAGUCAUGCUCUCGAAGAGCGUUUUCGACGAGGGCAUCGAUGCCGAUCGGUUCGAGCGCUUCACGUAA